AUGGAAGCAGAAGAGCCUCACCCGACCAUGGAUGCAGAGGAGCACCCUUCUUCAAAGGACCCGCCUGCUGAGGACUCAGAGGAGCCCCCUAUCCCUGACGUCCCCUUGGAGCUUGUCAUCGCUGAGCCUCCUUUAGAACCCCACACCUCUGAGUCUCAGAUACUGUCCUCCACCUCCCAGACUGAGCUAGAGACCCACACCUCUGAAAACCCUCUGGAACCUUCCACCUCUGAGCCUUUAGAGCCCCACACCUCUGAGCCUCAGGUAGUGCCCUCCACUUCCCAGACCCCCUUAGCGACCCACACCUCUGAAAACCCUAUGGAGCCUUCCACCUCCAAGGCCUCUGUAGAACACGCUACCUCUAAGGUCCCAGAGGAACCCUCUGCUUUGCAAACCCCCUCACCAGAUCAGGCCUCUGAUGCUCUGAAGAAAGGCCUGUCCUCUGAGCCAGGAAGACCCGCACAAAUCCGUGAAUCUGAGAUGCUUCCAGAGCACUCCCUUGUAGGCCCUUCAGCCGAGGUCCACCUGGACACAGUUGAAAAGGAAAGGGAAGAGGAAGGAGAGGACAAGGAGGGGGAGGAUGCCACUGUCAGCACCACUCACACACCUCAGCCUGGACGUCAUGUGGGUGACACGGCCAAUCCAGUGAUCAUUGUUAAGCAGGCAGAUCAAGUAGGAGUGCCUAAGACAAUGCACAAAGAGAAGUUUGGUGCUCAGGCGGACAAUCUUUUCCAGUGGGAGAAGGAUGCAACUCUGAAGGCCACCCAGACAGGUCUCUACAUCGGUUGGCGUUGCCCCCACUAUCUAUGGGACUGCUUCCAAAUUGGGGAUGAAUCCAAGUGCUUUUGUGGACACUUGCUGAGAGAGCACCGGAUCGUAUCAGACAUAUCCGUGCCUUGCAAGGUGAGUCAGUGCCGAUGCCUUAUGUUCUGCUUUAUACCAUCACGCCCAGAGGAGGUGGGUGAGUUCUGGCUCCAGAGGCGGGCCACCUUUGAUCCCAAGACAUGGAGAGCCCAAUGCCGCUGCAAACACAGCCAUGAAAACCAUUCAGCUACCGGGUGCCAUCCCUGCAGGGUCAAAGGCUGCUGCUGCGACUGCUUUGAGUCUAAUUUCCUCUGCGCAGCCUGUGACCGGCGUUGGGAGGACCACGGGACUUUCUUUGAGACUGAGGAGACCCGGCGACGAGGAGGGAGGCCUCGUGGGACAGACACUGCCAACAGCGGGCACAGGCCUGGGUGA